AAGAAAACACCCAAAAUUAAUUAAUCUUCUUCUUCGCUUCUAGGCCUCUUCGCAUUCAGUCCAACUCCCACCUUUGAUUGCUCUCUUCCCUUCUCUUUUCCGCUUAUCGUUUUUCCGCCUCUUCGUAGCCUUCUUUGUCUGUGAGACUGUAAACUCUGUGUUUGGCGAAGAAGACACUGUUCCUUUUUCGUUUCCGUCAGAUCUAACGUUUCCAUUUAGGUUUAAACAAUCGGUUUUUUUCAUCUCUUGUGCCCCUCCUUACUGUUCCUCUUCAGAUUUUCCUGAAAGAUUGUGAGAUUCUGAUUUUAAGCGACUCUGAUCUUCCGAUUAUUGACCAGAGUCGGAAGUUCAGUGGAUUUGGUCUUGUGGAUUCAUCGCAAUUGGCUUUAAUAGGAAAUCUUGUGUUGAUUUUGGGUUUUACGAUCUGAUUUGGGUUUCAAAGAGGUAAAUUAAGGUUUUCUCUGCGGAGAUGUUGGGGGCCGGAUUGCAGUUUGGGCGUGCUCAUGGAGAAGAUCGGUUUUACAAUCCGGCGAAAGCCCGGAGGAAUCAUCAUCAUCAACAACAACAGCAGCAGCAGCAGCAGCAGCAGCAACAACAGCAACAGCAACAGCAACAGCAACAGCAGCAACCACAACAGCAACAGGUUCAUAGAACUAGGAGUAGUGGAACUGUGAACACCGCGGUGGUGACGAAGGGCAAGGCCGUAAUUUCAGACAACAGAGAGCCGGAGAACCGAGCGGUAUCUGAAGAGACUUCGAAGCCUUUGGCUAUGCCGGCUUCAGAAUCAGUUACAGCUUCUCCGAGUAAUCUCGAUCGCUUUCUGGAGUCAACAACACCAUCUGUUCCUGCGCAGUACCUCUCUAAGACAAGGAUGAGAGGGUGGAGGACUUGCGAUGUCGAAUUCCAGCCUUUCUUCACCCUCGGUGAUCUUUGGGAGUCUUUUAAGGAAUGGAGUGCAUAUGGAGCAGGUGUGCCUUUGAUACUGAACGGCAGUGAUUGUGUUAUUCAAUAUUAUGUCCCGUAUUUGUCAGGCAUCCAAAUAUAUGGUGACUCAAGGUCGUCGGCAAAGUCGAGGCAAACUGGGGAAGACACUGAUGGUGAUUAUUUCAGAGAUUCAAGUAGUGAUGGAAGUAGUGAUUGUGAACUUGAAAGAGGCAUGAAAUCCUCAAGGGAGCUUUGGAAUCGUCACCAUCUAAUCAGUGAGGUCCCUCUUCGUAUGGACAGGUUAUCUCUGUUAGACAAGCACAUUUCUACACAAGAAGGCUCUUCUAGUGAUGAUGGUGAAGCUGGGAAUUCGCAAGCUUCCUUGCUUUUUGAGUUUCUUGAACAGGAUCCUCCUUACAGUCGAGAACCUUUGGCUGACAAGAUCUCAGAUCUUGCAUGCCGAUUUCCUGGACUAAAGACACUCAGAAGUUAUGAUUUGCUUCCAACUAGUUGGGUCUCAGUGGCAUGGUAUCCGAUAUACAGAAUACCCACAGGACCAACAUUAAAAGAUCUGGAUGCUUGCUUUUUGACAUUCCAUUCUCUUUCUACACCUAUUCGAGGUGCUGGAAGUGGACAGGCUCCCGUUGUUACCUGUCCUAAUGGGAUGGAAGAUGUCCCCAAGAUUUCCUUACCUGUUUUUGGCUUGGCCUCAUAUAAGUUCAAGGGGUCAAUGUGGACUCCAAACGGUGGAUGUGAGCGUCAACGGGCGAACUCACUCUUGCAGGCUGCAGACGACCGGUUAAGGCAGCUUCAAGUCAAUCACCCAGACUUUCAAUUCUUUGCUUCACAUGGCACAUCCUGUAUGAUGAAGUAUGAGUGGCUGUUUUAAGUCUGAAUGCUGUUGGUUCUCCGAGUGUGUGAUGCAGUCCCAAUGUGUGUGUGUGGAUGAUGAAGAUGGGUAAAACUUGUGAGGUUGAUGAAGAUGGCUUGAAGGGGAAGGGAACUCUAGGUGCUUAAGCUCUGGCUGUGCUCAGGAUUGAUAUAUAUACCAUUACCUAUAAACUUGCUUGGAACUGGAGUUUGAGUGAUGGGUGAAAAGGAAAAUUUUAUCAUUGGUAGCGGGAGUAAACAGAGAGGUGAGAAGGAGAGAAUUUAUUGCCUUAUUUUCCAUUGUUAGAGAAGCUGUUUUCAUCUCACUGUAGACAUAGUUCUCUUAUCAAAUUAAGUAUAUCUUUGUGAUGUAA